GUUCUUUUUAAAAAAAAAUGACAUCAGUGCAAGACAGAUUAAAAUUAAAAAGAUCAUAUGACAAUUGGAGUACUCGUGAACAAUUAUGUUUGGCUUCUAGUGUAUUAAAGUCAGGAGAUCAAAAUUGGAUGAGUGUAUCACGCUCAUUAAAAGUAUUUGUUGAAAAAGAAACAUUAAGACCCCCUGAUUGGUUUUCUCAGAAAUCUUGUGCUAUUCAAUAUGCACAUUUAUUAGAAAAUGCAGAUGCACCCAAAAGAAAAAAACGGGAAAGUGGUGAAACCACAGGCGAAUCAAUUGUUAGGAGAUUAACACAAGAAAGGAUAACUGAACUAGGUCAAAUAUUAUCUUUUCAAAGAGAUGAAUAUCAACAGCUUAAAGCUGAAAUAAAUAUGUUAAAAUCUGGAUUGCUAACAGAAGAGAAAUUACAGAAGAUGUGGCUUGCAAUUGAGCAAGAAGAACGGGAACAAGAACAAAAAGCAAGAGCACAUUCUGCAUGGUUAGCAAAACGUCAACAGAAGCAAGAAUCGAAUUCACCACAAACAGUCUCCACCGUAAGUCAACGUAAAUCUACUGAAAAUUUAGUGGAAAUUCAAGAAUCAGUAGAAACUCUAGAUGAAGAUGAAAAGAAAACUAGAGGAGGAAGGUCACCACUAUUAACAAGUUUAUUAAAAUCACCAAGUCCAACAACACAAAUUCAAACCUCAACCACUACAGCUCAAGUAAGCUCUCCUACAAUCACAAGCCUACUUGGUUCCAGUCCAAAAGUACCAAAUUCUCAAUUGACACAAAAUGUAUCACCACUGUAUCAGUUGGUUACCUCUGCAAUUUCAAAUAUACAAUCAGAAAAACCAUCAGUUGGUGCACCAACUUUAUCUAUGCUAUUAGAAAUGCCUGCCAAUGCACAAAGGGGUCCUCUACCGAAUUUACAACCAACUCCAACUAUUGUAUCUCAACAAAAUGUGCCUACUGAAGUUCAUAAUCUUCAACCUCAGCCUGUACAUCAAGUAACAGUUCAAAAUGAAACACCUGUACCUACUCAAUCUCUUACAAUUAAUACUCAAAAUAUUGCACCUACAGAAAGUAUGGUACAGAUUAUAGAUCACAUAGAUGAUGUAAUACGUAAAGAUAUAAUGACAGAUGUAAUAGAUAAAGAUGAAAUUAAUGAAAUUAUUGGAGAUAUAGAAGAGUUAAUAAAGGAAGAAAUUACUGGUAGUCCACAAACUUUAGAUACAACUACAUCAACGAUUAAUACCCUUACUGUACCCCAAAUUCAAGAAGUACCAGUAGUAACAGAACGACCAGAACCAAGAGAUGUAGAUGAAGUUGCAUCACUUUCUAAUUCACCAGAAAGUGAAAUGGCUAUUGAAGAAAUUGAUUCAAGCACAUCAAAUAUUGCAGAAAUUAUUGGAACAGUUGCUAUUGAACCACCAGAACCAAAAGUCAUUGAAGUCACUGAAGUAUCUGAAAACAUAACAAAUGUAUCAGAAGAAAUAAAAUCUGAAGAAAAUACAUGUGAUGGAAGGGUAACAUUAAAUGAAGAGCUUGUUCCUGAAUUAGAUACUCAGGAUGGCGAAAAUAGUAAAGAUAUUCCAUUAGAAGAAAAACAAAUGGUUGAUGAAUUUGAUACUAUGGAUUCUACCUCAAAUGUAGAAGCUGAAGAAAAUGACUCAAAAAUACCUACAAAAGAGUUAAUUGAUGAAAUAGCAGAAGACGAAAUUGAAGAAGUAGAAGAAGAAACUGAAAUAGUUGUACCAGGAAUUAAAGAAUCACCUACUAAUAAAUUGCAAAGAGUGUCCUCUGAAGAAUUAGAAAAUAAAGGUAAUAUGGAAUUGGAUCAAUUAGAAAUGCAUCUUGCUAAAAUUACAGGUGAACAGCAAGAUGUGCCAUCAGCAGAAGUUGUUAGUGUUUCAUCUGAAGUAACAAAUGAUCUUCCUAGCACUGAAGAUACAGAAAAAUCUCAAGAUAUUAGUUUAAUUUUAGAAGAUGAUGAAAGUAGUUUAGACGAUAAAAAGAAAAUAACAGAAGAACAAAUCAUAGAAAAUACAAUUGAAAGUACAGAAUCUAUUGAAUCGUUUAAGGAAGAAUCUAUAAUUGUAGUAAAAAAGAAAACUAUCAUAGAUGUAUGUGAAGAGUCUCCAGAAAAGUCUCAAGAGGAACAAACAGAGGAAGCUUUAGAAAUAUAUGCAGAUGAAUUUAAGAAAGAAGAUACAAAAGAUUCUUCAGAAGAUACAACAAGCUCUAUUUUACAAGAUAUAGAAAUUAAAGAAGAAGAAAUAGAAGAAACAGCAAUUGUAGAAGAUUCAACUCAAUUAAUAUCUCCAGAAGAAAUAGAAAGUUCAAAAACAGAAUCUGUAGACCCUAUUAAAUCUGAAUCUGAUAUUUCUACUCUUAAAAAAGAAGAAAAUACAUAUGAAGAUUCGAAAAUGGAAGAAGAAACAAAAAUCCAAUUAGAAAAUUCUCUAAUAUCAGAAGUGAAAAAAGAAGUUCAAAUAAAAGAAGAGAAAGAAGAAAAAAAAGGUAUAGAUAAUGAACAAAAUGUAAAAAAAGAACAAGAAUCUAUAGUAAGUGCUGGUGAAGAUACUGUUGAAUUAGAUGAAGAAGAAUCAUCAUUAAGCAAGUUAAGUGGAGGACGUGCUAUGAAAACAUAUUCAAAGAAACAAAAUGUUUCUAUUGACAGUGAACCUGAAAAUGAAGGAACUGGAGAAGGUGCAGAUUAUAGAGCAUGGAAAAAAGCAGUCAUGCUUGUUUAUAAUCGACUUGCUACACAUAAGUAUGCAUCUGUAUUUUUGAGACCUAUUACAGAAGAUCAAGCACCUGGAUACCAUUCAGUCAUCUUUAGACCUAUGGAUUUAUCCACUAUUAAAAAAAAUAUAGAUAAUGGUACAAUUAGAUCUACGAUGCAUUUUCAACGUGAUGUUAUGUUAAUGUUUCAAAAUGCCAUUAUGUAUAAUAAACAUGAUACAUUUAUUUAUAAAAUGGCUGUUUCAAUGCAAGAAGAAUGUUUACAACAUAUGCAGAUACUGGUGCAAGUUACAGGAGAGGGAACACUUAGGAGAGAAACAAGAACUGCAGCAAGUAGUAGUAGUGAAGCUAGUGAAAGUAGUAUAAAAAGAAAACGAAGUCACAUUACCCCAAGUCCACAUGAUACUGAUAGUCCUCGUUCAAAAAAACGUAGAAAAUCAGAAAAUGAUUAGGGUAUUUUUCUAUUUAUAUGUAUACAUAUGUGUGAUGUGAUAUACAUUAAAGUUCUAAAGAACUUUAUUGAAAAAUUUGAAAGAAAGAACG